AUGAAGGUAGGUCAAGAAGCUCAGACGUUCUUGACCUCACUAUUUGCCACACCUAACCCAGCCCAACCCGGUCAUAUGUAUUCGGACACCUUUUUACGCGAACAGUGGGAUUCUGAGCGCGAGGCAUAUGCAAGCAAGAAGGUGGCUAUGCAAAAACAAGAACUAGAACUCGGGAGACUACUAUCUCUACAAGACAAACAAAAAGCUUUAUUGUUGAGAGUGGCUCAAACACCUGAACAGUCCAUUGCCCGAGUUCUGGAAAGCGAGCGCCUUAGGGAGGAGAUUGUCAAACAGGCUGAAAAAGUAGGCACUGCGGAAGUUUUCCAUACUUGUCAGUUUUCAUUAUUCAUUGUUAUAUGUCUGGUCAACUGGGUUGAUAUAAUCUCAACCGAGCAAGAGGAUUUUCUGAAGCUUUGGUACAGCAAGCACAAGGUUGCAUUGUAUUACAUUGCACUUAAUGAGGAAAAGCGACCGCUGCAACAGAGUCGUGCAGAUGGGCAUCAUUCAAAUAUAGGUCAGCGUGGAAAGACCUCUGUUCUUCUUGCUCUUCGAAAGCGUGCGGCACAGCUGAGGAAAAAAGUCGAUACAUACCGCACUCGCCGGGCAGAAUAUCAGGCCAAGUAUCCUGCCCAACAGCUUCCUGAGGACAUCGACUAUAAUGCUUUGAAUGAAAUCAAAGCAGAUCACCCGUUCUGGAACGACUCAAUAUUCACGAAACUUCAAGAUCCAUGGGCAACUGAUCCAAAGACAAGGGAUGGGAUGCGUCAGCUUGCCUAUAUCGACCGAGCACAAGAGGAGCUUAGGCGCUUAGGUUGGGAGGUUCGCCGGUUGAUGCGUUGGGCAACAAGUUCUCAUGAUCGCAUCUGGACAUGUCUUCAAUUUCUACUUUGCCCGACGGACUCUGGAUUUGGACCAGCCACGCCUCUCAUCUCCCACCCCAUACUAUCAUCCUUGCCACCUGAAACACAAUUGAUUGCGGCCAGUGUCAUUCUUCAAAAUCAAUAUGUUAAGAUCACUAACUAUCAGCUGUUGUGGAACGAAGACCUGGCGACGAAGAAUUGA